AUGGAGGGUCAAGGACAUUUGGUGAUCUAUGGGGAGCCAUAUAACCAAAACAAUUUACAGCUAGUGGAGAGGGAAGAUUCUGGAAGUGAUAACUCUGAGGAUUUUCCUGAGGGACCUUCUCAAAAUCAGAACAAUACCAAUGAUCAAAGGACAAAGAAGUGUACUAGGCAUACACCUCAACAAAUUCAAGAACUUGAGAAUUUCUUUAAGAUCUGUGCUCACCCAAAUGAAACACAAAGGCUGGAAUUUGGACGGAAACUUGGACUCGAUAGCAAGCAGGUUAAAUUUUGGUUUCAGAAUCGUCGAACACAGUUGAAGUCACAAAAGGAACGACAUGAAAAUGUAGUCCUUAAGCAAGAAUAUGAUAAAAUUAUGCAUGAAAACUUUGUGUUGAAGGAUGCUAUGAGCAACCCAUAUUGUCAAAAUUGUGGAGCUCCGAAUUUCCUGGGGGAAAUAUCGAUUGGGCAACACAAUUUGAGGGUUGAGAAUGAUCAUUUGAAGGAUGAACUUUCUCGGGUUUGUUCCGCUGCGGAGAAGCUUUUAGGAAAACCCAUAACCGACUAUGUCGGUCCCAUUUCAGUUUUGACUCCGAAUUUCAAUUUGGACCUAUCCAUGGGGCGAGGAGAAAUGAACGGACUGAUGAGUCCACCACCUGCACUUCCCAUUACCAUGGGACGUAAUAUUGAAACCGGGGGUCCAAGCAAUACUACCUUGACAGCUUGUAGUGAUUAUGAAAAGUCGGUGUUUAUGCAAGCUGCUAUGGCUGCCAUGAAUGAACUGCUUGCAUUAGCUCAGACUGAUAGUCCGUUGUGGUGUACGAGUCUGCAUGGUGAUAAGGAAGUAUUGAUUCAUGAUGAGUAUAUGAAGAAAUUUGCCGGUUCUAUUGGAAAAAUACCUUGUGGCUUCAUUACCGAUGCCUCAAGGGAGACGGGUUCGGUGCUCAUUAGUGGCUUGGAGCUUGUCGAAACAAUGAUGGUCACUAGUCGUUGGCAAGAUAUGUUUCCAUGUAUGAUUAGCAAGGCUGCAUUUGUGGAACUUGUCAGUAGCGGUGUUGGUGGGACCCAUGAUGGUGAACUUCAGUUGUUGAAUGUAGAGUUUAUUUUCCCGUCGCCUUUGGUGCCUUUCCGCCAAGAGAAGAUACUGAGGUUCUGCAAGCAGCAUUUAGGAGGCAUGUGGACUGUGGUCGAUGUUUCUGUCGACUUGAUUCGAGAACCAUUGUUUUCAGGGUCCUCUGUUAAGUGGAGGAGACUUCCUUCUGGUUGCAUUAUCCAAGAUGUUGGCCAUGGCUAUUCUAUGGUUACUUGGAUUGAACAUGUGGAAUAUGAUGAAAAUUAUAUUCACCAACUGUAUCGGUCACUGCUGAGAUCCGGAAAGGCUUUUGGUUCUCAAAAGUGGCUCGCUACCCUACAGAGGGAACGUGAUAGUGCAGCCGUUUUCAUGUCUGCUAAAACCUUUCCUGGUGAUAAAACAGUUGGAAUUGUUACCCCAGAGGGCAAGAAAAGCGUCUUAAAGCUGAUGAGGCGCUUAAGCAACAACUUUUGCGCGGGCUUAUGUGGAUCUUCUGCAUGUCGAUGGGAGAAACUGCAAGUUGGAGGUUUCGCUGCUGAUCUUUGUAUUAUGAGCCGUGUUGGCCUAAAUGAGCCCGGUGAACCGUCAGGGGUUGUGCUUAGUGCCUCAACUUCAAUUUGGGUUCCAGUACCUAGGCGGCACCUCUUUGACUUCUUGCGGGAUGAGAAACUCCGGGCUGAAUGGGACAUCUUAGCUAACGGUGGCCCUCUGGAAGUGAUUUCCCGCCUUUUCAAAAGCCAUGAUGAGGUUAACUGUGUUUCCAUUUUAUGUCCACAGGAGACUUCAGCGAAGGAGAGCAAUAUGCUAAUACUACAGGAGUCGUGGACAGAUCGCACAGGAUCUUUCAUUGUGUAUGGUCCAGUGGACUCAACAUCAAUAUGGUCGGUCUUGAGGGGCGAAGAUUCUGACUUCGUGAUUCUUUUGCCCUCGGGUUUUGUAAUUUCCGAUGCACCUAUGGUCGGAAAUUUGUCUUCUUUAGCCACCAAAAAUAAUACUGCAGUAGCAUCUGCAUUGACGGUAGGGUUCCAAAUUAUGGUCAACAACCUACCUAAUGCGAACCUCACAAAGGAAUCCAUUAACACCGUCAAUGAUCUGAUGUCCCGCACAAUCCAGAAGAUCAGAGUUUCCCUUCGUAUUUAACCGGCCUUUUUUCAAUAACCAAAAGAAAGCGAAUAAUUUUUGUACAUGUCAUAGAAAACAUCGUAUAGCAUUUUUGUGGGCGAACGGAGUUUUCAAGUGGGGUUCUGUUACAUUGGAUCGGUUUUGAGUCAAGAACGAACCACGGUCAAUUGGUUGAAGCAUUGACAUAUGAGCUUAGGUUCGGGUAUUGACUCAUCUUUACAUUAAAAGGGAAAAUAUUAAGACAUGUGUAGUGUUGUUAUAAUGUUCAUACAGUUUUGCAGUUGUUAUGUAAGACUAAAA